AUGAGUUUCUCAGCUCAACCCUCACCUGUGCAACUGGCAGUGCAGUGGCUGCUGAGAGAUGAUGUCUUCGCCAUCUCUGCUCUGGAGCACCUGCCCAUGGAGCUCUUCCCACUACUCUUCAAGGAGGCUUUCGCUGGCAGGCAGGGGCCCUUUCCCUGUCUCCCCAUGGGGACUCUGAUGAAGACCACACACAUGGAGAUUUUGAAGGCUGUGCUGGAUACACUGGGUUUUCUCACAACACAGAUGGUUCGUCCCAGAGAGCUGAAGAUCAGAGGCUCACACAUCUACACUGUCAUAGAGAUCUUGAAGAUCCUAGACACAGACUGUAUCAAGGAGUUGGAAGUGAAUUCCUGGUGGCAGCAGGGAAGUCUUUGCAAACUCUUCCAGUCAAUCUACAAGACUUUCUUCAAUGAUGGCCACGGACUGCUAGAGAUGAAGAAGUGUGUCCAUGAGCCUGCUCCUCAGAGCUUCAACAUCAACUGUCUCCAGCACCUCUAUAUGAACGAUAUCCACUUUCUAAAAGGCAACUUGAAGAAGUUGCUGAGGUACCUGAAGGCUCCCUUGGAGACCUUGUCCAUCACUCACUGCCAGCUCUCACAGGGAGACUUGAAUCAUCUACCCCUGAGCCUGGGCCUGAUUCAGCUCACACACCUGAACCUCGGUGGUGUGGUAGUAUCCCCUUUAGGUACUAGACCUCUCUACAUUCUUCUGGAAAGAGCUGCAGCCAAUCUCAAGAGACUGGAAUUGGAGGGCUGUAGGAUGAAGGACUCUCAGAUCAGCUCCCUCCUGCCUUCCCUGAGCCAGUGCACCCUGCUCACUAAGAUCAAUUUCUGUGGUAAUGACAGCUCCAUGGCUAUCCUUCAGGACCUUUUCUACCAUAUGACAAAUCUAAGGCAGAUGACCAUGGAGCUGUACGCUGUUCCUUGGGAGUGCUAUGAUGACAUGGGUCAUGUCCUCAAAGAUAGAUGUGCCCAACUCUGCCUGGUGCUCAUGGAUUUUCUCAGGGCCAUAAGGCAGCCCAAGUCUGUGUGCUUUGCUUCCAGCACCUGCACCAUGCUUUAUGACUAG